AUGUAUCAAACUACAAAGAUUUCAGAUCCUGCAACAGACUAUAAAGAUGCCAUAAUCAAGAGAGCGGCCAGAUAUAUUAGAGUUAUAAAGUAUUUCCUUUUCUCUUUUAGCUCUGUUGGCUUAGCAAAAGCAGCUCUAGAAGCAAUUAAUGGAUUCAACCUCUUUGGCAACCAGGGCUGUUCUUGGUCGGUUAUAUUUGUGGAUCUCGAUGCUCACAAUCGCAAUAGGCAAACUUUGUGCUCACUCUUACCCAGAGAAUCAAGAUCUCAUAACACAGAUGCUGCCCUGCUCCCCUGCAUCACUUAUCCUGCAUUUGCCCUGGAUGAUGAAGUUCUGUUUAGCCAGACACUUGAUAAAGUGGUUAGAAAAUUAAAAGGAAAAUAUGGAUUUAAACGUUUCUUGAGAGAUGGAUAUAGAACAUCACUGGAAGAUCCCAACAGACGCUACUACAAACCAGCUGAAAUGAAGCUAUUUGAUGGCAUUGAAUGUGAAUUUCCCAUAUUUUUCCUUUACAUGAUGGUUGAUGGUCACCAGAAAUGGUAUGUUCAGGUGACUGCUGCCCCCUCCAGAGGGCCAGCUAAAGGCUCUGUCCUAGCCUAA